AUGCACGGAACUCUGUUUGUAUCAGCUACAGAACCUCAAAUAGAGGAACAGGACGAAGACGAGAACACAUGGUCUCCAAUUCAGCUCGCCGCUGCCCAAGGGGAUCUGUCUCAAGUGACGAGGCUCUUAGGCCAACCCUCAGUGGACCCUAAUGAGCCUGCCAAAGGCUACUAUGGACAGACUGCCCUCCAGGCUGCCUCUCAAAAAGGACACCUCGCCGUGGUUGAGACACUACUAGCGGCUGGGGCAGACGCCAACGCCCCGGGGGGAAACAAUGGCGGGAGAACCGCGGUAGUCCUAGCCUCUGGAGCGGGCCACCUCAAUAUCGUCCGACGCUUAGUCUCCGCAGGUGCGGAGAUUAAUCGUCUGCCCCACAGGUAUUCGGGCCGAACAGCUCUACAGGCCGCCGCUGAGGGAGGUCAUACAGAACUCUUUCAAUGGCUGCUCAAGCAGGGCGCAGAUAUCAAUGCACCCGCUGGUAAAACUGGCGGUCGCACUGCGCUUCAAGCAGCAGCAGCAGGAGGCCACUCUGAUAUCGUGGAGAUCCUCAUCCGACAAAAUGCUCCUAUAAACGCCCCUGCCGUAAGGCAUAAAGGCUUCACGGCACUUCAAGCUGCGGCUUUUGGAGGCCAUCACCGGGUCGUCCAUCGAUUGUUAGAUGCGGGAGCAGAUGUGAAUGCACUAGGGUCAUAUUAUGAGGGAUAUACGGCGCUCGCGGCAGCGGCAGAAUGUGGCCAUUAUGAGAUUGUUAGAAUGUUACUGCAGGCUGGUGCGGAUGAAUCUCUCAUAUCGGGAAACAAAGGAUGGACGGCAACACAGAUUGCAAUCUUUAGAGGGCAAAAAGAAAUUGCACAACUCCUUCAACAAACUGAGCAGACAGUCCUCGGUGCAGAACGAAGAAGAUAUUCAAAGGAGAGAAAGAUAAAAGCACGGCCGAUUGGAUGGAUUGACUAUCGAGAGAGAGAGAAGAGAGAAAUGUAUCUACAAAUGACGCCUCGGGCAAGAGUUUGA